AUGGACACCCGCGAGUUUGCCACGAGAGACGAAUUGUGGCGCAUUCAAGAGACGCUGAACGAUCUCUCUGCAACGCAGGCUCUCCACUCAGAUCGCAUCAUGCGUUUGGAGCAGAAGACUCCUGAUAGCAGCAGACCUAGAAGUCUGUGGGGAGCGAGCUCUCCCUUCCCCCUGGGUUCUUCGCAUCAUGAGUCGACACUCAACCCCGCUGCUGAAGCUUUCCGCAAUUUUGAUGCAGAUCCCAUGAUAACUUCCUUGACGUUGGACCCGACUGACGACUCGCGGAGAGCCGCCGCAUCAAGAGCAAACUCAGUACGGUUUGACGAAAGUGCCAACAACCAUUAUGGCUCCUCGAGACAGUCAAUGGAAUUGCCCACACGUACAGGCAGUGGGCUGGGUGGCCAUGCGCUCUCGGAAAGAUCUCUUUCACAUCGAUCUGACGGGAGACCGGGGCCCGCUGGCUUUGGUCGGACGAACAGCUUCGGUCUUGAACAGAGUCGGCUGCUUGGGUCAAUUCACAACUCGCCUCGAGUUUCUGGCAAUCCUCCACCGGGCUUCUUCAUCUUAGGACCAUGUCCGGCCAUCAUCCGUUGCUGGCUGACUCAAUCCUUCUCCAACACCUCACUGCUCUACGCUGCCCUGUGCUCGGGUUCGACGAUUUCGUCUGUCAGCUAUGCUCUGUUGUGCAAACUUAACCUGACAGAGUCCAUAUUCGGGGAAGACGGUUAUCGCUGUAUUCGACUACCCGUGUAUCUGACUGAGGCCAAAAUUCACAGUCCUGCUGCUGUCAGAUCAGCUAGUCCUGUGCCACCCAUCCCUACGUUGGUGGUCAAGUUUGUGGUCGAUGAACAGAGGGCGACUGAUGCGUCGAUUCAAAUCAUCCUUGGCAGCGAUGUUCUGAGAUCGCGCAAUGCCGACAUCUUGUUCUCACAAGACAAGGUCAUGAUUUUUGACGAGGAACGAAAUCAAGUCUCGAUUCCCUUGUGUCGGCCUGAAGACGAUGCCACUUACAAGGAUCUGUGCACCGUUUCUCGGCAUCGGUCGUCCUCAAUAGGCGAAGCUCUACCGCCGCCAGCUUCGCCAGUGGGAGUCAUUGGCCAACCGGAAAGACUCAACACGGCGCAGAACGCUGCAUCACCUACGGCAGCUCAAUCCAGUAGUUUGCCUUCCGCUAACCCCUCCGAACCAGGAGAUGUCCGUCGAGCGGAUCAAUCCUUAGAGCCAUUAACACGAUCCAGUCUGGACAUGUCUCAACCAAGGGCCGCCGACGAUUCCAAGUCGACGACUGGGAGCGAGAAGUCCUUCACCACACCAAUGACGAAGUCUGGUUCGGGUGUAUGGUCCAACUCGUGGCGUUCUGUAUCCUCCAGCACUCCAAACGAUGCGAGCUCCAAAACUCCGUCCAGUUACGCACGACCCCAUACUCAGAGAACGAUGAAAAUUCUGCGGCCGGCGAAGACAAUGGCCAAUGCCACCAGAACUCCCUCUGCGUCGGCUACCGCCUCAAAUGGCACAGAAAUUUCGCCUGCAAAUGUGAACGACACUGGGAAGGCUUCAGCUCAACCAGAAUCGAGCGAAGAGUCGAAAGGUGCGCCAUCGACUGCGACAGCACGGAGUAAUCCAAUCGGUUCGGGGACUGCCUUUGGUUGGUUGAACACGGGGCCGCAACGGAGAACGACGGCGAACAGUUGA